AUGCKUCUUUUUGCACAUCUGUGCAUUGUGCUCAGCUUUUUGGAAGUAGUGAGGUGUUCGUGUCCUUCUCAGUGCACCUGUGAUCUUCGUGGCAGAGAUGACGAUUCAGGUUCAAGGUUGGUGCUAUGUAAUGACCUGGAUAUGAACCAAGUCCCUAUGAACCUCCCUGUGGAUACCUCAAAACUUCGCAUAGAAAAAACCGUCAUCCGCACAAUUCCAGCUGAGGCCUUCUAUUACCUGGUGGAGCUCCAGUACCUCUGGCUGGCUUACAAUUCUGUGGCCAGCAUUGACCCCAGCAGCUUUUACAACCUAAAGCAGCUGCAUGAGUUGCGCCUGGACGGGAAUUCUCUGGCCAACUUCCCCUGGGUAUCUCUGCGGGACAUGCCCCACCUGAGGACCCUGGAUUUGCACAAUAACAGAAUCACCAGUGUGCCAAAUGAGGCGGUCAGGUAUCUGAAGAACCUCACCUACUUGGAUUUAUCAAGCAACAGACUAACCACACUGCCACCCGAUUUCCUGGAGAGCUGGUCUCACUUAGCUACAACACCAUCUAGAGGCCCAGAUCUUUUACCAAGAAGAAUUAUUCUUGGUCUGCAGGACAACCCUUGGUUCUGUGACUGUCAYAUUUCCAAAAUAAUUGAGUUGUCAAAGGUUGCUGAUCCGACCGUAGUGCUUCUUGACCCAAUGAUGGUGUGUAGUGACCCUGAGCAUCUCUCAGGGAUUUUGUUUCAGAAGGCUGAGUUGGAGCAGUGUCUGAAGCCAUCCGUGAUGACUUCGGCCACCCAAAUCAUGUCAGCUCUGGGAAGUAAUGUUCUGCUGCGGUGUGAUGCCACUGGCUACCCCACCCCACGGCUCACGUGGACCAGAUCUGACAGCUCACCAGUUAAUUAUACAGUAAUUCAGGAGUCUCCAGAGGAAGGAGUCAGAUGGUCCAUAAUAAGCUUGACAGGCAUUUCUUACAAGGACGCUGGGGAUUACAAAUGUAAGGCCAAAAAUUUGGCUGGGAUGACAGAAGCUGUGGUUACCGUGACAGUGGUUGGCACUGUCACAACCACCAUAGCAUCAGACACUUCGGAAAGGAGAACUGGAGAUCAGCCUGAGGAGGAGGUGCAACCGGAAUUUGGAAGACUGACAUCCACAUCUUCAUCUUCUUCUUCCUCUUCUUCUUUUUCUACUUCUGCUUUGUCUUCUGCCUCUGUUGCAUCUUCCUCUUUGUCUCCUGUCUCCAUUGUUUCAACCACACCUGGCAUUUCAGCAAGCAUCACCAGGGCCAGCAGGCAGCCGCUCCAGCUCCGACCAGAUGGGAAAAGAAAAGUAAAGGUGGAGAAGUGGGGGAGCAAGCUUCCUCCUGCCAGUGACAAUAAGAAAGGAGAGCUGGCAUUGUUGGAUCAAGCAAUGCCCCUGGAGACCAAUGCCACAAUAGAAGACCUUAGGGUAGUCAUCGAGACGAAAGAGAGUGUGACUUUAACCUGGAACACCAUUAACACCACACAUAGCGCUGGGCUGACUGUGCUAUAUUCCAAGUAUGGUGAGAAGGAUCUGCUGCUGUUGAAUGCAGACCCCAGCAAGAACCAAGUAACCCUAGAUGGCUUGGAGCCUGGAAGACAGUAUGUGGCAUGUGUCUGUCCAAAAGGAGUACCUCCCCAGAAGGACCAGUGCAUCACAUUUUCCACUGACAAUGUCGACGAAGGUGAUUCGCAAUGGUCUUUCCUCAUCGUGGUGACCAGUACUGCCUGUGUUAUUGUCUUGCCAUUAAUUUGUUUUUUAUUGUAUAAAGUUUGCAAACUGCAAUGUAAGUCAGAAUCUUUCUGGGAAGAUGAUUUGGCAAAAGAGACUUAUAUCCAAUUUGAGACCCUGUCGCCCAGGUCUCAAAGUCUAGGGGAGCUCUGGACAAGAAGGCACAGAGACGAUUCAGAAAAGUUGCUGCUGUGUUCUAGGUCAAGUGUGGAAUCUUAG